AAUUAAGAAAACCGGGAUGUGAAUGAUGAAGAGAGAAGACCAACAGAGAAACAGACAGCUGUAUGUGUCUUGUAUUGUUGGCAAUAAUCCUGAUUUAUGUCAUGAUUUGGAUAGCUUCCACAUGCCGUUUGUUUUAGCUGCAUAUUGGAGCAUAAUUGGGCACCAAAGAACAUAAAAAUGUUCCCUCUUUGGCAGAUGGAUUUUAAAACAACCCUCUAGUAUUAAACACAUCGCUCUACAGAGUGUUGAACUAACAAUAGACAAAACACCUUUAUAAAUUGACAGAUGAAAUACUGCUACUCUAUGUGUGGCUGUUUGGAUGGUUAUGGAAUCCAUGAGAUGGAUUAGAGGCAAUUAAAAGACAAAAUGUUUUACUUUAAUUUUGUAUAAUUUGUAGGCCUAUAAGUUUUUUGUUUUUAAGUAGGACUGUACAUUCUUAUUAUUAUUGUUACCUCCUUAUCUGCAAUUUUCACAGCAUGUCUUUGAUUAGCAUUAGCUCAUAGCUCAUCUAAAAAUUAAACUGUGUUACGAAUGAGAAAAGGGUGUUUUAACGGGGAGUUUUCAGGUGUAGUUUUUGCAUUGGUGACAUUGUUUUAUUUACCGUACGUUCCGCUUAAUACCAAGGUGAUUCAGUAACAAAAACAACUCAACUGAAAUUAAAACGUAAAUAAUGAUUCGCACGCAGUAUUAAAAUUCAAUGAAACGGUUUUGUGGUUGACGGUGGACAUUUGUAGUUCUGACAUCCAGGGGACUACAACUCCCACGCUGGAGGUGGGGCCGCUCGCAGCGAGCGCACGAGCCUCGCAGCGCAACAGCAGCAGCUGGUGCAGCCGAGGAGGUUACUUUUGUUACAGCGGAGGCACCGGAGAGAAAACAGCCGAGCUAAAUCUCUCGGAAAAGUGUUAUCAGUUGGGGGGGAAACGGUGCGACCUAACCGCCACUUCUCGGGGUUUCACGGUGGCAAGCGUCUUGAGGUCUUGUCGACGGAUUGAAAACGUUGUCCUUUCGCCGAGCAAAAAGAGUUCUUUCUCAAAGUUGAGCCCGAAGAGGAGUUCUCUCGUUCAGGAUGUCGGACUGAGACAAAGGGGUCUGGGGGGCAUUCCCGUAGGAGCGCAGGUCAAACUUGAUUCUUGAAGCCUCCUCCUGGAUGGGAAAGAUGGAGAGGGAGUUGCAGUGGUGGAAAGGACAGCUAGCUGCAGAUAUCCAUCAGUGCCUCCGCAUCAAGGAGCUGAAGCUACCGGUCUACCGGGCACACUCGCCGCAGAUUGGCAUGCGACGGUACUUUGCAGACUUGUUGGCCAUCCUGAGUAAUCGGUACCAGCUAUGUCCCACGGCGCGUCACCUAGCUGUCUACCUGCUGGACUUGUUCAUGGACCACUAUGACGUGGCCGUCAAGCAGCUCUAUGUCAUCGCCCUCUCCUGUCUGCUUCUAGCUAGUAAAUUUGAGGAGAAGGAGGACCGGGUCCCCAAACUGGAGCAGCUGAACUCCUUGGGCUUUAUGUGCAGUCUGAACCUGGUUCUCAACAAGAAGGACCUGAUCAAAAUGGAGCUUCUGCUGCUGGAGACCUUUGGCUGGAACCUGUGCAUGCCUACGCCCGCCCACUUUAUUGACUACUACCUCCACGCCUCGGUGCAGGAGGGCGACCUCUACAACGGCUGGCCCCUUUCCUCCCUCUCCAAGACCAAGGCUUUCAUGGACAAAUACACUCAUUAUUUCCUGGAAGUCUCACUUCAAGAUCACGCUUUCCUGAGUUUCCGACCAUCCCAGGUUGCUUCUGCAUGUGUGGCAGCAUCUCGCAUUUGCCUUCAGAUUUCCCCAAGCUGGACGACUGCCCUGCAUCUACUAACGGGCUACACGUGGGACCACCUGACCCAGUGCAUUGAGCUCAUGCUGCUUGCUCAUGACAAUGACGUUAAGGAGGCCAACAAGACCAAAUCCACUCCUCCUCAUCGACCCUCGUCUCUGCAGUCUCAGUCCCAGACCUCUCAUCUCUCUCCAGUGUCAGCCAUUCAGAGACCUGCCUCCUCCUCCUCCUCUUCCUCCUCCUCCACCUCGUCCACACCACAGCUGCUCUUUCAGCCAGACAGCUUCCCACACCUUUCCCAGCAUUCCCCAUCCCUGUCCCAGCUGCAAGCGCUAGCUGACUCCCAGGCUUUGGGGCCUGUGGUGAACAUGUCUCAGGACUUCCUUCAGAGCCACAGGAUGGGUCUCCUCACUGGGGCUCCCUCCAUGACUCCUGGGGGUGGGUUCCCCUCCUACCCAAGUCUGACCUCUGGUCUUCAGCCGGGGGCUCGCGGGCUGCCUCUCCAGGGCCCCAUUUCUGUGCAGAUGGCCCUUGCUGGAGAGCCACGGCACUGUCUGAGUAUGGCCUACAGCGGGGGCUACCUGGGAGCUCAUCACACUUUCACAGCCGGCUGCUUUGACAGGUGACGCCAGGAGACGGAGAGGGAACAAAAACCCCUGCGGGAGUGCACAGCUAUACUUCCGUGCCAAGUCCCAACCCCGAAAUAUCCUUGUACAGACCUCCUCUCUCUCUCCGUCAGCUCCGCAAUACCUUCGGCUUGUCCAGCUCCCCCGUCUCUCUCACGGAGACACCUCAAACGCAAGCAGAGGUCCAAAGGCAAGACAGACCCAGUAGAAGUCAUCACACUGACGUGACAAAUGCUCAUGUGAAAUAGCAAGGCAUUGCAAAACGUUAUAACCAUAUUCUCCACUGUUUUUUUAAAUAAAUCUGUUUAUUAUGAGACUGUCAUCACUGUGAAUGAGAUGAAAGCAGCAGUGUGAUCUAACACCGACCUCAUUCAGUGCCUGAUCUCAGUUGUGUGAUAGCUGAGCCAAUUUUAGAAGUGCACAGAACGCAAAGUAUCUGUGUUAUGGAUAUCUUGCUGCUUGACAUACUUUUUAAAAUUUCUAAUCCCAAAAAUUGAACGCAUUUUAGGGAGAACAAAUGGACUGGUUUCAUUUGUUGAGCCACCGUUUUGAGAGCAAUAGAAGAAGCGAAAAACAUAUGCUUGUCACUGACUUGGCAGGAAAAACAGAGGCUGUUGUAUGUCGGCGAAAUUUUCGGGUGUGUCCCCUGAAUGUCAGCAAACCACUGAUCCUGCCUUCUCUGUUGGAGCCGAAGGGCCCCUCGGCAUGCAAGCCCUCAGAGUGGACGAAGAAUUCAUUGUUUUGAGCACAGCAGGUGAAGUCUGCAGCUCAAACACAUCUUGAGUUUUGGGGUUUUUUUUGUUUUCACCUCCAAAGUCGAGCCUUGUGGCAGAGCGAUUGAAAGUGUGGCCCUCCGCCUGCUGCAGGCUUUGUCGUACAAAAGUUUUAAUUUCAGUGUCUAUGGCACCACUCAAAGAAUUUAACACAAACUGAUGUGACUGGACCAGCGUGGUGAAGGAGACGUCAAUGUCGGUUGUGUAUUGUACAUUUGAAUUGCUGCUGCCUUUUUAUGAACUGUUGGUUCUGUGUCUGUGUUAAAGACUUCAAUGUUUACAUGAACCACUAAAUAUCAGGGACUUGAACAAGAUUACUUGAAGAUGAUGCCAUUGAAACAUACCAUAGCUUUUAUUUAUGACUUGUUUUUUUUUCUUGCGCUUUAUUGUUUUGUUUUUUUUUUUUUUAUCUCAUUUUUGUUUGAUGUAGUGUAGCUUUUUAUACGGGCUUAGGAACACAAUUCUAGUUGUAUUUGUAUUUGUUCAUAGAAACUGUAUUUGGCUCAGGUUGCAAGGCUGAAACAAGCAGCCUUUCCAUUAUUCUAUGCUAUUAUGCUUUAAAGUGGAUGCUAAUGCAGUAUCUGCUGAGAUUGGAAUAUUCCCCCCUUCUUCAUCACUGGAGCCACUGGCUUACAAGUUAGUAACUGAAUGCAUGAAACGGUCUGUUUGCAUCACAGUGCGACAGCCUCGUGGUCACUGGUUUUGCACACAAACAUCUGUAGCCAGUCAACCGACAGUAAUUGCUUCCCAGAUUUCUAAAGCUGCAAUGCCCAAUCUUCCACUUCCUGUUUGAGUAUAAACACAUCCAGAUUCCUAAUGUCGGUCACAAGGGUUGCCCGCUGGUUACCACGGUGAUGUUAGUGAUAAUGUUUUUUAUGAAUUAAUCUUUCUUGUUGUUUUGUUUAAAUAAAAAAUUGUAAAAUUGACUUGUAUUGUUUCCCACAGUUCAAGGUGAUGUGCUCAAAUGCUGUGUUUGAUGUGAUCAACAGUCGAAAACCUAAGAUGUUCAGAUCGAAGCAUUUAGGACAAAGAAAAGCUGCAAAUUCUCACAUUUGCAAAGAGAAUUUGGGGCAUAUUUGUUUAAUAGAUAACAAUAAGUUCACUUUUCUGCGCAUCCACUUAACUAUCACGGCUGCUCAGUGAGCUUAUCUUUAUGAUCUAAUGGUUGUGAUUUCUCAACUGAGAAAUCACAACUGUUCCCGCAUACAGUGGACAUCUCACUUUGAGCUCCAAACUUAAAAUUUGGCAUUCAGAUGUGUGCAUUUCACAUAUAACACUACACGAAGCCUUCUGAAACUGAGACUCGAACUGAAACGCUCAGACUAUUAUAGUCACCAAUCACCAAAUCUUUCUUUGUUUUCCCGCCACUGAAAAGGACUUGACGAUGUGCUUCUCAGUGAUACUAUGCCUGUUGUUUUAACUUUGUGUACAGCUUUGUUAUAUUUUUUACAUUCCCUUUCAGUGUAUUUUAGUUUAAGUUUUUUGUGAUUCUCCCGAUCAAUGCUGUUGGUGUGAGCUAGAUUUUUUGUUGUUGUUGUUGUUCUUGUUCAACUGCAAGUGUUGGACUUGCUCUUUUCCUCAUAAUUCAUGAGCAACUUCUCACUGAGGUGUCAAAGGUGCAAUAUGUUGUUUUUCUGUUUAAACUGAACACAGCCAUCACUGUCUCGUGUACACCACUGGUUCAUCUUUUGUAAGUUAUUUUUGAUAAUUGUGUGAUUUGACUAGGUUGAUCUCCUCCAGAGGGCAGUGUGGACACAAUGAAUAUGUUGCAUAUUGCAGCCACCGCCUUCGAGUAAUAGAUAUUACUGAAUGCUUUUGUCCUUUAGUGGUUUAUAGAUUUGCCGUGCAUUUUUCCCUCCCGUGAAAGGUGCUGACAUCACUCACACAACACUUGAUAGCAUGAUAGCAAUGAAAUGACACCACGACCUAUCGGUUUAUAUUUUUGUAUUAUUAUUUUGUACCAAACUCGUAGUCUCGGUUUAUUUGACACUGAACGAUAAAAGGGAUUUCUUUUAUCCUAACGUGCCAUGGAAAAAUAAACAUGCAAAUAAACUGAAUUUGUGAUGGGUGUGUUUCUUCUCAGGAAGCGCCUGUAGCCUUUAGGGAAAUGUUGUUCUGCCACUUCUGCAUUGC